CCUUUCUGUAAUAAAACCAGUACUGAAACAGUUAAAGUCAUCUUGAGUUGAGACUCUUCACCCCGGGGUAGCUGAGCCCCUUUCCCAGGAAUGCAGGGUGGAGCAGAAAUCCACUUUGCCCGUUUUUCACACCCAGUUCCAGCUCUUAUCAGGAGCUCAUGUGUUCAGCGAGUCCCUCUCUCCAUUGGAGGAGUUGGAGACAGGAGGAGGAUUUGAAAGAGUGAAUCAGAAUGCAGAGCAUCAGUAGAACCAGAACUCCUGGGGAGGCAUCACUCAGCAACUCCUGCAGCUGCUCCUGGACAGGGAUCCACAUAUCCAUCGUGGUAGGAGCAAAGGGACUGGCUGGAAAACCGAGGUGGUGACUGAUCUGCCAUCCUCCUGAGCCUCCUUAGAGAAGUUUGAGGUCUGUGCUAUCAACAGCUUAUCACUGCCACGAUGACAUCUUCAAACUCUGCCCAGCAUCCAGCAGCUGAGAAUGCCUCCAGAAUGACACUGGGACAAGUGAACCAGGUUCGACCCAAACUGCCACUUCUGAAGAUCCUGCAGGCUGCAGGUGCCCAAGGUGAAACCUUCACACUGAAGGAGGUCAUGCACUACCUUGGGCAGUAUAUAAUGGUGAGGCAGCUAUAUGACAAAAGAGAGCAACACAUGGUCUAUUGUGGAGGAGAUGAGCUAGGAGAACUGCUGGGACUGGAGAGCUUCUCUGUCAAAGAUCCAAGCCCCGUCUAUGACAUGUUGAAAAGGAACCUGACUUCUGCUGCAAUGGCAGAUGCUGCACAGAAUCUCGCACAGGAACAGAGCGUCGAUAAGCCAAGCCGAGACCAGCUGAAGGUUAGCCAGCAAGAAGGUUCUGACACUGGCAUCAUAGAGGGUGAAAGCAAUGCACCUGCUUUGUCUACCUCAGAGCAAAAAUGUGAGAAUUAUGAAGACAAAGACUUAAUAGAAAACCUCUCUAAAAGCAAGAAGCCUAAGCUGGACCUCGUGUUUGAGGAAUGGGAUGUGGCUGGUCUUCCAUGGUGGUUUUUAGGCAAUCUCAGAAGCAAUUACAAGUCCAGAAGUAAUGGAUCAACAGAUAUUCAGACUAACCAGGACAUCGACACUGCUGUUGUUUCAGAUACUACUGAUGAUCUCUGGUUCCUCAACGAGUGCCCAGCAGAUCAGAGUGAAGCUGCAGGCAAAGUGGAAACAGUUGACUGUGAAGAGGUGAAAGAAGGUGACAAAAAGGUGACAGAGGACACGUGUUUGCAUGACUGGGAGGAUUCUCAGUGCUUAAGUGAUGGCACAGACACAGAAGCUACUUCUGAGGGCUGCUGGCAAUGCACCAAAUGCAAGAAAUACAAUUCUCCAGGCAAAAGGUACUGCUACCGCUGCUGGGCCUUACGGAAGGAUUGGUACUCAGAUUGCCCCAAACUGCCUCAUUCUCUGUCUCUGUCCAACAUUGAUGCUAUGCAAAAAAAAAAUGAUGAUGAAGGGAUAGAUGUCCCAGACUGCCGAAGGACUAUUUCUGCUCCAGUUUGUCAGCCCAAAGACCUCUUCAUGGUAGAAAACAAAUCGUGUGUAGAUCCCUGCAGCUCCAUUGAAUCUUUGGAUCUGGCCCGAGAAAGCAAAGAGGCUCUGCUGCAUUUCCCUGAGCAUAAAAAAGAGGAAGAAAUACAGUCCUUAGAGAGUAUAAAGAAAUUACUGAGUCCUUGCUUCUUAUGCCAUCACAGACCACGGGAUGGGAAUAUUGUCCAUGGAAGGACUGCUCACCUUGUGGCCUGUUUCAGGUGUGCCAAGAUGCUGAAGAAAAAGAGAUCUCCUUGCCCAGUGUGCAGGAAAGAGAUUGAGAUGGUGAUCAGGAUCUUUAUGGGGUAGUUGUGCCAGUUCAGGCCUUCUCCACCAGAAGAUAGCACACAGGUUUUCUUGCACUCAACACAAACCCUUCAGAGCUUGGCCACUGAAUACCAAAGAGAAUUAAGAUUCAAACCUGACUAAGAAAAAUGAAGAAUUCUCUGCAUUAAAUGAAGCAACAUCCACUUUUUAAUGUCCUUUUAAAUUAAAGCUCAUAGGAAGCAAGGGGUGACCAACACAUUGGUAACAAUGCCCUGGGGCUUUUAAAUUGUCUAAAUCUUCUGAUUUCAGCUCAGUGCUAUCAUUAGAACCUUCUGUCCUGACAACUGGUCCUUGCAGAAAACAAGUUUUGGAAAGAGUUAUAACUUUGGCUGUUGGAAUGUUGUUCUCCAGUAAGUCAGACCCUGUGCAAUGUCUUCUAAGGGGAGGAUCUGAAUCUGAGAUAGAUAAAUAUAUAUAUAUAUAUAGAGAGAGAGAUCUAUAUGGAGGUAUGGGGAAAAGGGUGGGAGGGAAGGGCAGACCAAGGGGUUUCAAAUUUAGCUAACCCAUUUCUCCAAGGAUCAGUUCUUCUGAGGGCAGUAAGAAGUAAAUAACCUGAUUUCUGAAUUUAUUUUUUUUAUGUAGGUUUGUUAGCUAAGGUGAAGGUCCUCUUGCUCUCAGACUUGAAAUAAGUUCUCCCAACUUUUAAGCCAUAGCCAUCUCAGGUCACAGACUGUAGAAGAAUAGAGUGUUAUACUUUGCUUUUUUAAUGGCUCUUCUAAUUUCUAUUGACACUUCUUUUCAUUUAAAUACACCUGUAUGUCAUCUUGCAUAGCUUUGAAGCCUGACCAUAGUUAGCUCAGAAUCUGGUCUGCCAGUUGGAUUAACUUACAAUCGCUCUGUGCAUGUUUUGGGAUGUACUCACAGCUCUGUGUUUCCAGCACCUUUGCUGCUUAUACCUGCCCCAUCUCACCAGGCCACUCCAUACAGAAGAUGCUCAAUUUAAAGUGUGAUGUGGCUUUAAAGAGAGGAGAUGGGUGAUUGAGGGAAAAGAAUAAUUCCUGAUAAGCACAGAUUACAGCUGGUUAGUCUAGGAGCUGUGCUUGGUCUUAGGUUUUCAUUUUCUCUGCUGAUUUUCUUUCCCUGUAGUUCAACACCUCAAAUCCAUCAGCAGCAUUUGUCUUGUCCUUCAGAACUAUGCAUGGUUGCCAUAUUGGCUGUUAAAACUGAGCUAGAACUAGCAGUUGAAAAAGAUUUCACCCUUUUUUGAGGUCAUAUCCUAGAUAUUCUUCUGCUUUCUUAUCCUCUAGGGUUUGGAGAACUUGGAUCACACAGCAGCAGCAAUAGUGCCUUCACCUUUCAGGGAUGCAGGUGUUUGGAUCCAGUACAGUGUGUAGAGUAAAUCCUGUUCUGUUAUCCUCCCUGUAAUUCCCUCUCUGAUCUAGAAAAUACACCUGGAGACAGGGGAAAAAAAAAAAAAAAAACGAGAAGCUGGUACUCAUAGCUCAGUGCUUCUCUAGGCUGUUUCCUCCUCAUUUUCCACACUCCUUGUGCUGGUCAGGCAUGCAGUGGAAGGUCCCAGCAAACUGCCAUGUCCAAGGUGGUGUUCCCCUGUAAAGAGAACAGAGUAGGUGCUAUAAGCUCUCACUGCCAAAAGACAGUACAAGUUGCAUAGUAUUGUGAUUAUUUCUAUGUUGGCUGUAACUGUUGCUGUUAUUUACAGUGGUGUUUGAAAAAACAGAGAAUAACUGUCUGGUGUUUGGAUGCACUAUCGCUCAAGUCCAUGGGAAUCAAUCCACAUGGAAAAGCUGACGUAUUGCUCCCUUUACUGAAGGGUUAGUCAGUUGCUGGUGAUGCACUUUAAUAUGCUCAGAUCAGCAGCUUUACAACCUGGAACCACAGAAAGGAGCUCCUGCCAGGUAGUUUCGUCCAUUUUCAGGUAGUUUCUUUUAAGGAUCUUGGACUCAGCAGGGUGCAUUGUGGCACUUCAGAACACUGUGAAUUCCCCCUUGCUCUGAUUGCUUCUAAGAACUGAAUGUUUUGCUAAAAGCAGUUUUACUGAAUUGUUCAGAUCUGGAUGUACUGAAAAGCCUGGAAUUUACAUCGAGGAAAAAAAA